AUGGAAUCAUCAUAUGAGGAUAUUCGACGUAAAACAAUGGAAGAGAAUAAAAAAAGGAUGGAGGCUCUCAAUCUAACUCAUCUCUCUCAAUCCCUUCACAAAUCUUCUUCCACCAUUUCAAAAACCUCACCGCGUUUCACGAAGGGUCAGCCGAGGGUUAUACUACCAGGAGAUCUUCAAGUAACCAAAAUGAAGCACUUGCGGAGACAUGGUUUACAACCAACGUUCCAAGUGAUAGAACCACUACCAUCUCCGAUGACAACACCGACAAAUCCACCAUCUUCUCAAGCACCGCCUUCUCAAGCACCACCUUCUCAAGCACCACCUUCUCAAGCACCACCUUCUCAAGCACCACCUUCUCAAGCACCACCUUCUCAAGCACCACCUUCUCAAGCACCACCUUCUCAAGCACCACCUUCUCAAGCACCACCUUCUCAAGCACCACCUUCUCAAGCACCACCUUCUCAAGCACCACCUUCUCAAGCACCACCUUCUCAAGCACCACCUUCUCAAGCGACAACAUCGCUAGCUGUGCAAACGAUAGAACCACAUCUUUCUCCGGUGACAACAACACCAACUACUGUGCAAGCGACAGAAGCAACACCUUCUCAAGUGACAACACCAAGAUCAGUGCAAGAGACAGAAACAACACAUUUCCAAGAGACAUCCUCUCACUCUGAAGAUGUGGUAGAAGAUGAGCCAGAAAUUUCUCAAAAAAGGAAUUUUACAUUUUGGGAUGUAGAAGUCAUUAAUGAGGCGGGACAUAUUUCAAAGACACACUUAAGGGUAUCAGACGUGCUUGAAGCUCCUCCUAAUGUUAGCAGAAUAAUAACUAGAUGGAAUUCAAAUGGGCAACCGGUAGGAUCAGCUGCUGGUUUGUUAGGCGGUUUUUUGGGUGAAAUUGCAAGGAAGUUUAAGGAUUUUCCUAUAAUGUACGACAAUUGGAAACUAGUUCCAUCGACAAGAAAAAAUGAAAUUUUUAAGGAUAAAAUACAGUCAAAAUUUGUUGUUGAUGAUGAAGACAACAAAAAAUAUAUCCUUUCAAGCCUUGGAAAGAAAUGGCGAGAUGCACAAUGUAGGUUGUUUAAGAAAUUUUAUAAGUGGGAUCUUUCUUUGGAGGAAAAUCUACAAAAUUAUCCACCUUCUAUUAAUGAAGACCAUUGGACUAUUUUUAUCCAAUACAUGCGUAAGACAGAUACAAUGGAGAAGGCUGAUAAAAAUGCUGCAAAUAGAGAAAAGCUAACAAUCCUUCAUACAUUAGGCUCUAAGACGCUUGCAAGGAAGAGGGAUGAGUUGGAACUGAGAGAUGAUCGAAAAUACAGUAGGGGUGAAAUGUAUUCAAUUUGUAAUAAAAAGUCUGAUGGGUCAUUUGUCAACGACGAAGCCAAGGAAAAAUAUGAACAAUUGCAAGCUAAAAUUGGGAAGACUCCUUCUCCAAAUGAAGCAUUUGUUAAUGUGUUUGGAAAAGAAUAUCCUGGAUAUGUUUGUUGCAUGGGACUUGGAAUAACACAGUCACAAAUUACUACAUCUACUUCUCACUCUGUAAGAUCAAUGUCUUCCUCUAAAGCUAAUGAAAAGAUGGAGAAAAUGCAAGCUGAAAUUGAUAGGCUUAAGAAAAUGGAUUCUGAAGUUGAUAUGUUGAAGGAGCAAAUUGCUUUCUUGAUGCAAAUGCAAAAUUCUAGAGACAAACAGCAAUGGACAUAGAAUCGCCAAUAGAUGGUAGACGUUCAUCUGAGUCCAGCCAGCAACCUGAUGAUUGUGGAACAACAUCAUUAGGGACUAAUUAAUAUUUGGAUGAACUUCUAAGUUUGAUAGAGUUGUUUUGUAUUGUUAGCUACUCCACUAAUGUUUUGAAUAUUUAAACUACUUUAUUUAUUGUUUUAGUUAACUUCAAUGUAUGAAUUGGUGUUAUUUC